CCCGCGAUCCCUGACCCCGCCCACCCCUCCCGCCUCGCCUCCUCGGAACCCGAGCGAGGACCCCCCACGCUGCGAUGACGACGACCGAUCACGAUACGAAUCCCACGGCGGGCCAGUUCUCCGCAGAGUCGUACUUUGCGACGCAGCCGCCCCCCGCGCACCUCGAGCACGACAUCGCGGGCGUGCGCGCGUUCGUCGGGCGCCAGCGCGCGCUGGGCCGCAAGGUCGUCCUCGUCACUAGCGGAGGAACGACGGUCCCCCUGGAGCUCAACGUCGUGCGCUUCCUCGAUAACUUCAGCGCAGGCACCCGCGGCGCGACGUCCGCCGAAUACUUCCUCCAAGCGGGCUACGCCGUCGUCUUCAUGCAUCGCCAGUUCAGCCUGCAGCCCUUCAGCCGGCACUACUCGCACUCGACGAACCCCUUCCUCGACUUCCUCGACGUCGAGGCGCCCGCGCCGGGCGCGAGCGCGGACAUCCACGUGACGCCGUCGAAGCGGGACGCGUUGCGCGAGGUGCUCCGCGCGUACAAGCGCGCGCACGCAGACGGCCUGCUGCACACGCUCGCGUUCGUCACCGUGAACGACUACCUCUGGCUUCUGCGCGCCGUCAGCCAGGAGCUGUCCGUCCUCGGCCCGCGCGUGCUCUACUACCUCGCCGCCGCCGUCAGCGAUUUCUUCCUCCCGCGCCAGAAGAUGUCGGAGCACAAGAUCCAGUCUGGCAAGGGCAGUUUGCUAAUCGAGAUGGACCAAGUACCCAAGAUCCUGAAACCGAUGGUCGACGAAUGGACGCCAGACGGCUUCAUCGUCUCGUUCAAACUCGAAACAGACCCCGCGCUCCUGAUUCCGAAGGCGCGCGCCGCGCUCGAGCGGUACGGGCACCAGAUCGUGAUCGGGAACGACCUCAACACGCGCAAGCACGAGGUCGUCUUCGUCUCGCGCCCGUCUUCGUCGCCGUCGCCUCCUCUGCCCCCCGCCACCCAUCCCACCACCCCGGCCGCGACGGAGUCGUGGAUCCGCAUCGACCCGCACGCGGUCGACGCGCGCGGGCGGCCGAGAGAGAUCGAGGAGGACAUCGUCGCAGAGCUGGUGCAGCGGCACGACGCGUGGGUGGCCUCGAAGUCCUAG